AUGUCAUCGAUUAACCCAUCUAUUGCGUUUGACGAAGCUCAGAAGACUGUGUUUCUAAAGGCCGCCGUCACCGAUCCCAAGGUCGCCGUCAUUUCCGGCGGUGGGUCCGGCCAUGAGCCGUCUUUCGCCGGCUUCGUCGGCAAGGGGCUUCUCUCCGGCGCGGUAGCUGGCUCGAUCUUUGCCUCGCCUUCUGCCGAUCAAGUCUUCCGUUGCCUCCUCCGACUGGGAUCCCAGCGCCGGGAGAACGGCAUCCUCGUUGUCAUUAUGAACUACACAGGCGAUGUCCUGCACUUUGGCAUGGCCGUGGAAAAAGCACGAGCUGCCGGCAUCCGAUGCGACAUGCUUGUUGUCGGCGAUGAUGUUGGUGUUGGAAGGUCCAGGUCCGGAAGAGUCGGAAGGAGAGGUCUUGCUGGUACGGUGAUUGUUCAGAAGAUUGCCAGUGCUCUCGCAGCUCAAGGGUAA